AUGAUUCCCUUAAGACAAUUAGUGUAUAAGAACUUGCCUAGGUCCAGCAUUCUUAGGACUAGAGCUCAAGUUUUGGUAGGUAGUCGUUUCCAAUCAACUGUUCAAACUUCAAAUAAUGAAGUUAAAGUCGUGAACGAAAAACAACCUUUUCAAGGAAAAAGAAAGGCAUCGAAGUUCAAACCUGUAAAUAACAAAUUAAGGGACAUUAGUAGCCAGAUUCGUGCAUCCGUCAACUCAUCGAGUAAUGAUUUGACAGAAUCUAUUGAAAUUUUGGAAGAGGGAUUAAGCUAUUUGCGUGAAAUUCAACAGGUAGAAGGUCUUAGUGAUGAGACCAUUUUCUCUAUUUUCCAGCCAAUUUUAGCGUCGAUUAUAGAUAAAUCUUUAGAUCCGUCGUAUAAUACCAACAGAUCAGUCAAUGAAAUUUUGGAUAUUUUCAUUUCGUAUAAUGUUGCCCAUGCGUAUCAUUUCACUAAGGCCAUGGUCCACGAAUUAAAGAGUGGUGAAGACAGAAAGGUGAUGUAUGAAAAUGUUUUGCAUUAUUGGGUAAAAUUCAUUGAAUAUUCCAAGAUUUCUAAUAAUCCAUACGUUUUCAAGAUGUAUAGGGUUUUAAGAGAAAAUGGCUUCAAUCAGCAUGAUAUUAAGAAUCUUGCCUACUAUGCAUACGUUCAAUCGUGCUUAUUACAAGACCUUAAAUAUGAUUUCAAAGAUGCAUUGAAAUUAUUGCAAACCGAGGAAUUACCAGAAAUCUUUCAAAUUAAGAGAUCUAUUAUGUCAUUAGGCUUAAAUAAGUCAUUGAGCAAAGACUUUCAAUUGUUCGAGAAGAAGUUGGAAGCUUUCAAUCUAGAAUCAUUGGACCCUAAUGGAUCUAUUAUCAUUAACAAGAUUAACAAUGCUAUAAUUCAUUCCGAUGCUAAUUUACUUAAUAGGGUCUAUGAACAAAUGCAAGAUGCCUCAGUUAAAAACAAUAAACCAAUAAAUGAAAAUACGUUAAUUAGAUUAAUGAACGGUUACUAUGAAUGUCAAGUGCAUUCUAAAGUUUUCCAAGUUUUCCAACAAAUGAUUCAGAAUGGUAUUGAAAAGCCAAGUAUAGCUUCUUGGGACUUCGUCAUCAGAUCAAUGGGACAUCCUAGCUAUAUUCGUGGAUUUACGAAAGAACAAAGAGACACAACUAUCAAUAACAUCGAGAGGACUGUUGAAACUAUCAUUGGUAAUGAUACUGAAUUAACCCCUAAGACCUUAUCGAUCAUUGUGGGCUGUUUUGCAAACUUGAACAGAUUUGAUAAAGUUGAUGAGUUUUUGAACAAAUAUAGUACAGACGGUGAGGGUUCCUUAAAAGUUAUCCAUACUGCCAAUAAUAAUAUUUUAAUUGGACUUUUGUUAAAUAAAAGAAUUACCGAAGCCGAGGAAAAAUUGAAAGAAUUAAUGGCUAAUGGAUCAAACUAUGUUCCUUCAACAACUGCAAUGAAUUCCUUUAUUAAUCAUUAUGCUAAGGCCAAGAAUUAUAAAGCUGUUGAUGGUAUUUUGAAGUUUAUGAAACAAUAUAACAUACCUGAUGAGGUCGGUACCUAUACAAUCGUAAUCGAUUUAUAUUUCAAAUUGCAUCGUGAAAAGGGUUUUGCUCCAGAUAUCCAAGAAUUAUUAUCCAGCUUUAAGAAUGCAGGUGUUAAUGGUCUUCAAAUUAAUGAAUAUACUCUUGCUACUUUAAUUGAUGGAUUGGUUAAAGACGGUACUAAUUUAGCCGCAGCAAGAGUUUUAUACGACCAUAUUUCCAAGAAGAAUAAACUUUCACCCCAGACUAUGACAUCAAUGAUGAAGGGUGAAUUAGAUUAUGGAUUAAUCGGUAAUGCCGAAACCAUUUUUGACAAAUACAUCAAAGCAGUGAGAAAUGAUGCCAGGAUUUGGAAUUUAAUGAUUAAAUCUUUAUUAGCCAAACAUGAAAAUUUAGCUUUGAAUUACUAUUUGAGAUUCAAGGAACAAUCUAAGUUGAACUUGAAGAUCCAGCCAAAUUAUUAUACCUUUUAUUUCUUACUCUCUCAUUUCUUGAAGAAGGGUAAAACCGAACAGGUUCAAUUUUUGAUUAAUGAGAUGGCUGAUAAAACAAAUAGCGAAUUGGGAUACGAAUUACCAAAAAUUCUUCGCUCAUUAACUGAUAAGUAUAAGUUCCCUUCAAAUUUGUUACAUGAAAUUAAUAAGUCUAAUUAA